AUGAAGAGUAAAAUGUGUUGUGAGGGAUUUUUCAAGAACUGCAAGCCUUAUCUGGCUAUGAUCUCCCUUCAGUUUGGUUAUGCAGGGAUGAACAUUAUAACUAAGAUUUCUCUUAAUGGUGGGAUGAGCCACUAUGUGUUGGUGGUUUAUCGUCACGCCAUUGCAACGGCUGUCAUAGCCCCAUUCGCUUUCUUCUUCGAGAGGAAAGCUCAGCCAAAGAUAACAUUCCCAGUAUUCAUGCAGAUUUUUGUUCUUGGCCUUCUUGGGCCUGUCAUCGAUCAGAACUUCUACUAUGCGGGGUUGAAGUUAACCUCCCCAACGUUUUCUUGUGCAAUGAGCAACAUGCUUCCUGCCUUGACAUUUGUCAUGGCAUUUAUAUUCAGGAUGGAGAAAGUAGACAUCAAGAAGGUUAUAUACCAAGCAAAAGUAGUAGGAACAAUUGUAACAGUGGCUGGAGCCAUGUUAAUGACCUUAUACAAAGGACCAAUUGUUGAGAUGGUUUGGUCCAAACAUGUCCAUCCUCGAGGAUCCAGCGCCACUUCUUCUAAAGAAACCAGUGACAGGGACUGGUUUGUUGGAUGCAUUCUGCUCAUCAUUGCUACUCUUGCAUGGGCAUCUUUGUUCAUUCUACAGAAAUUUGCAUUGAAAACCUACGCGAAUCACCAGCUCUCUCUCACCACAAUGGUGUGCUUCAUGGGAACCCUACAAGCUAUUGCUGUUACUUUUGUAAUGGAACAUAAGCCUUCAGUUUGGCAAAUUGGCUGGGACAUGAAUCUCCUUGCUGCAGCAUAUGCUGGAAUCGUGACGUCUAGCAUUUCAUACUAUGUCCAAGGAAUUGUGAUGAAGACAAAAGGGCCAGUGUUUGCCACUGCUUUUAGCCCCUUGAUGAUGAUUAUUGUAGCUAUCAUGGGCUCAUUUAUUCUUGCAGAAAAAAUCUAUCUUGGAGGUGUGAUUGGUUCCAUGAUAAUUGUGAUUGGUCUCUACUCGGUUCUUUGGGGCAAGUACAAGGAAGAAAAGGAGAACAAGAAACUGAAUGAAAUUCCAGAAGUCAUAAAGGAUAAUAAUAUUCAAACACAAGGAAAUGGCAACAUAAAAGUGGUUACUGCUGGAAAUUCUGAGCCAAAUGGAGAUGCUGAUUUCGACAAGUGCCCCUCACUUGCUAUUAAUUUGCCCCUCCACCAAACGAAGUCUGACACUGAUUCCAAAUGA